AUGUCUCUCGCAACGUCCCCCGCCCACGAUGUCGCCAAGCUGAUGGGCCGCCGGAGCAUCAGCACCAUCCCCAAGGACCAGAAGUCGCUGCUGGAGCGAAAGGACUCGUGGGCCGUUGACCAAGAUGGGCGGCAGGGCCUGGCGACGGUGCCGAAGCAGGUUCUGCAGACGCUGAAAGAGGCCUUUAUCCGCCUCCAGGGCGAGACGGAGAAGGAGGACCCUGAAGAAGAACGAGAGGAAGAAGAAGAGGAGGAGGAGGAGGAUGACGAAGAAGAAAGCGCCGAACUGCCUCGUCCUUCUGCUGCCAACGACCGCGGCAGGCAGAACGGACAUGUCCCCGGCUCAACGGCCGUGAGGCCAAGCAGUCCGCCGCCAUCGUCGCCGGAAGUCCCCAUAUCGUCCUGGCCGGCGUCUCCGGAUCGAUCGAGAGGCCGCGUGCAAGAUGCAAUGUCCGAUGUCGAUUCGCCCGACGAGACGCCCGCAAGCCCCGCGCAUAUGGCUGUUUCCGAGGUUCUCAGCCAGCCGCUCUUCCAUGCCACGCCGAACCCGUCGGCUCUCAGCGAGCCCGAGGAUCUCGAGAUGGAGCUCCCGCAAGCUCAGGAGACUCGCGAGGCGCCAAUCAAUCGCGUGGCCACCGUGAUCCGCCAGGCAGUGGCGUCUCAGGAGCCCGCGAGCUUAGUGACAAGCCUGCCGAGCACCACGGAUACGCCCCCAUGCGCGCAGCCGCAGGCCGCUACUUCGUCGGGAACUCCAAAGUCGUCUGUGGUGCCAGCUGAUCCCGCUCACGGCCGGUCGCGACGCAUGAAACCGAUCGCCUUUAGCGAGGACAACAGCCCGAGAGCUGCUGAGCCUGCGGCGAACCCGGGCCCCUUCACGCGCAGACCUUCUAUGCGGUCAUUGCCCGGGCCAAACGUCCAGGACGCAUUCUCCUCGAGUUCGGAUACUCCAGCCCCCUUUGAGCAGGAGAGAGCGCAGAGGAAUUCAUCCCCUCCUCCGCCUCCGCCUCCUCCGCACAACUUUACCAGAAACGCUACCUCGCAGCACAGAACGUAUGGCCAGCUCGACGGCGCCAUUAGCCGAGAGAUCUCUCCGUCCCGACAAACCCCCAUGCACCAGCUGUAUCGGAUACAGGCGGCAGUCAAUGUAUCCAUCAGUGACCGCGUGGCACCCUAUCGCGCUUUCACCGCUACGUAUCCCGAUUACACCACGGUUCAUUCCGGUAACCUGCUUAGCUUUAUCCAGGCCUGUGUCUAUCUGCGGAUGCUCCAGGAGGAACGGCGAAUGCGCGAGUACCUGUACGACGACUUCAUCCGUGCCUGGUCAAGCGGCUUUCUACCAUAUGUGCGGAACGCCGGCCCUGGCCAGGAGCCAUUGCCUGCGCUCGAAUGGUUCAACAUGCUUAAAGGCCCCAUUCUCUUCAACCGCAUGUGUGUGAAUGCAGGCAACAUCGACCUGGUACUGAACGCAUAUCCUGAGGAAGCGUCAAGGAUCAAAGCCAUACUCGACAGAAGUCUGCAGCAGCCGGAGGAAAGCCCCGAGUCAGAGCCGGAGCUUCUUCCAGGGAUCGAAAUGGAGCUGGAGCCGGAGCCGGAGCCGGAGCCGGAGCUGGAGCCGCAAGCCGAGCGGCAUCAUCCUCGCCCGCCUCCUCCCACGAGAGAAGCGCCAUCCCUGCCGGCGCCGUCACGGGCAGCCCCUCCGCCGCCUCCGCGGCCGGCCCGCCCCAUCAUGCCCAGCUCAACAAGCAGCACCACCACCAGCCGGCCGAUUCCGAAGCCGCGCAAGAGAUCGGCCGAGGAGCGGGCGCGGCUGAAGGAGCAUUUCCGGAGGAAGGCUACGUCGUCGUCGACGAGCCAUAUCGGGAGCGGGCUUGAUUGA